AGCGUCCCAACCAAAAUACAGAACUUGCGCAUACUAAUUUUACCCCCACCUCCACCUGCCUUUGUACAUUAUACUUUCCCUUCCAGCGCAUUUACAUUAUAAGUACUCCCUUCCACCGCAUUUAUUCUUAUUUCAUAAAAAACUUGCUUGAGUUUGCUCCAAUUCGCAAAAACAGUGAUUUUUGAAGUUUUGGUAAGAGUGUCCGUCGUACUAUCGUUGUAAACAAAAUGUAGAAUAGAAAGACAAAGACGCCUUGGUUGUGUGAAAAAAUGCGCAGAAGCGACUGCCGUCGAGGUGCUGACGGGGCAGUUCCGGUCGGGUGGAAGAUGAUCAUGCGAACUACUGUCAGGAACAACACCUAGCGUUCCCCUUUGGAGGCACGACCGUUCACGACCUAGGUCCGUGGUACCGACAAGGAAAAUCGAGAAAUCCAAACCACGCACCAGCCCCACAUCAAGAUGGCGACGACAGCGGCUGUCGCCCCCACUGGCAUGCUGCCCAGCGUUUCCAUAGAGAAGCGGAAACUCUCUUCUCCCGUCGUCGUCCCUCGGGUCCCCUCCGGUGGGAGUUGGGCUGACGUGGGUGGAACAACAUCGAAAGACGGCAAAAUAGCUGUUUCCGGCGGAAACAACAGCGCCGGACUGUCCUGGGUGGUGGUUAACGAGGGGAAAACGCAGAGAGUCAUCCCCUCGGAGCGGGGCGGUCGGGUGUUAAGCAUCAGCGAUCUGGAUAGCUUUGCGUUGUGCUUCUCGGACAGUGAGCGCGCCUCCAUCGCCUUGUCCGACGCAUCGGAGAGCAGCCCCGGGGGGAUAGUAGGGGGCAAUAACGGCGAUGGAAUCGGGACCGAGGCGAAGGAAAAGGUCGCUCCAGAACCGGGCAUGGUCGUGUGCAUCAGAGGUUUGAAAAAGGUUGCCUGGCUGAAUGGGGAGCUGGCAAAGGUACAGUGUUCCUGUUGUAAGUAUAGAGGUAGUUCAAGUUCUCACUUUCGCAUGUUUGUGUUGCAAUUUAUUCGUCACUCAGCUUUUAUCAAUUUAUUCUGUUGUCCCACCUUUUUCUCUUAGUGCAAGAAUGACGCCGUGGCCGCUUUUACGACCACAAGGAAUCAAUGGAAGGUUUUGUGUUGGUCCUUGUCAGGACGUCAUUGACAUUCGUCUCUCCAAAACAGGUUCUCUCCGUGGACAGUAAGAGCAACAAUUGCAAGAUUCUGUUCCUCCGCCAGGAGCUCGCACGGCAGACCGACCACCAGCCCCACUACAUAGACCUCCGGAACGUGGAACCCAUCGGGGCCGGGGAGCAAAACAGCUUCACGUCCUACGUGACCCGGUUCGUGUCGGGACGCUUAUUCGGCCGGACGGCGUCUGAGGACCAGGUGGCGCUCGAAAAAGACGGCACCAACGUGAGUGCAGGUAUACAUAGUCCUUUACAAACAUCAGAUUGAGAUGAAAGAACACAUUGUGAUCAUGAUGUGUACUAGUAGGGGAGAAAUCUUGGUUUUUAUGAACGUUUUUCCAGGUAGUAGUUUCUUUUUGAGUUUUUCAAGAUCGAGUUGUACACUUUCACCACAAUUUAUUUUGCCCUUCACAGUUUCUUCCUCCGGUCUCUCCUCGUGGAACGACCUCGGGCGCACGAAGACCCGGGGCAGCAGCCGGUCCCCGAGCGAAAAGUCCCCGCUCAGGACGUCCAAGCCCGAUCCCAGUCCCGCAGACAGCAGCUUCAGCACGUUCGGCCCCUUCGUUUCCGCUACCAGUCCGAAGUCCGGGGGGGGACUAGCAAGUGAGCAGAUGACCACCACUUCUAGGGCGAGUAGCAGUGGUCGUGGUUGUCCAGCAGGUGGUGUAGGUGUACAAGCAGCACCAGGUGUGCUACCUCCACCACCGCCACCACCACAACCAGCCUCGAUGUCACAGGCGUCGCUGGUGAUAGGAAUGACGAAUACAACGACAACUACUUCCGGAGGUACGGGGACGAACAACGCGACGGACAUGAGGUUCAAGCCGGCGAUGCGUACGGUGGAGGAAGAGACUGGUAAUUACCUUGGGUCCCCGAUGCCGGACGUGCUUUCCGCGCACGCGGUGUUUUCGGACACCGCGCACCCGGUUGUUGACCUGUUUUUCAAAGGGCAAGAAAAUAGCGGCAGUGUACAUCAAGCCUCAACAGGGCCGCCGGCGGAGAAAAAAAGGAGUAGUGCCGACGCAGCUCUUCGCGACGAGGGACGUGCGUUUGCUUCCGAACGACCAAAAGAACCGAAAGAGGAACUAGUACACUCAGGAGGGAAAGACAAAGAGGCAGGUUUACAGGAUGAAAGGACUUCUGCUGGUGACAAAACUCCAAGUAACAUGUUCACUUCUUCUUCUACCCGACAGAAAAGCGACAGAAAUAACCAGACUGACGGUCAAGCCAAAAAGCCCCCACCACCCGCCGGAAGUGGUGUCACAGAAGAUCCCGCAGCGGGAGGUUCCUCGAGUGGUCCCGGUAGUUGUGCCACGGCUGCUGGAACUACGACCGACGCGGCAGAAAAAUCGAAAGCCGUGAACAGCAAAACCAUUGGAAGCAAAGGCAAAGCUGCUUCCAGUGGCGCCAAAGCCGCGGCGGGGACCGUGGCGCAACAGCGCAAUAAACCUACGACGAACAAUUCUUCUAAAGCGGCUGCAAGCGUGGGAGCUGUGAACAACAAUCGGGAGGUGAACAAUCGGGAUCCAACCUCCGACGCUUUGGAGCACGUGGUGGCAAGCGUUUCCAGUUUCUUUUCUGCUGUCUUCAACCCCAUGUCAGACGGUGAAAAUGAGCAAGUUUCUGCUGUGAAUAGCGGGAGCAAAGCUGGCCCUGCGGGAUCGAGGUCGAGGACACCGCAAAACCGAGCGGUGAUGAAUAAAACCGGGGGAGCAGCAGCAGCAGCAGCGAAGAGCACUAAGGGAACUUCCGCUGGGAACAACAAGCCAGGCGGGAGUACAACGGACACAGCAAGUGGUACACAACCCAAUAUUAAUAAUAUUAAGUCGUCUUCCUCCACUUCUUCUGCAGCCGACCCACAGUCGAAAAAGGAAAAGCCAGCUGCAAACACUAAGCCCGUCCCGCCGGAGGUGGGGCAGUGGUGCACAAUCGUCGGCUUGCGGAAGAUUCCGACUCUGAAUGGCGAGCGGGCGAAAAUCCUGAAGGAGAAGGACGACCUGCAUUGGGAGAUUAGUGUGAAAGACUUUGUCGCGAUAGUACAGAAGAAAAAUGUUACCCUAGAUGGUCGUGCCCUUCCAACUCCCGGCGAGGCAAUUAUAUCUGCCACAGAAGAGUAGGCGGAACCGGAAGAAGUAGGCAGAGCCCGGUGAAAAGUGAAUUUAUUACAACCCAAACACUACUAGUGCUACCCGAAAGGAAGAUGCAACGGCCUUGCUACUUAUAUAUUCUACCCACCUAGUCCUAAACGGUUCUACCCUGAAUGAUUAUGAAAGAAGUUUCGAAAGAUUUAUAGCGAGAGUAGAAAACUUUGCCAGACCGUGUAGAAUUUUCUUUGUAGUGGAAAAAGUACAGUGGUUGUAGGUAAGGCAAACGGGAUGCGUUUCCGAUUCCACAUUUUUUGAAGUUUUGGAAUAAAUGUACCUGUGUUUGCGGAAGCACUAAGCCGACAAU